AUGCCUGCGGAAAACGGUGAACAACAUCUCAAGGAAGCUAAGGAAAAUCAUUUAGAGCAAACCGAAAAUGAGGUCCCGAGAGAAAAGAAUGAGAUAGAGUGGCUCAAAGAAGAGGUGCGCAAGUUCACCACAGUCGUCACGAAUCCAAGUGUUCGUCUUCAACUGCAGGCGUAUUCAUCCCUGUGCAAGGUUAUCAAACAACUUGAAACGCUACCGGAACCAUUUAUCAAAGGAAUCGUGAAGAUUGUCACUACCGCUUGUGUUUUCCGUUACUCGCACAAACAAAGCUUCAGGGCUGUAGAGAAUCUUCUGAAUGCCUUAGCCAAACAUGAGUCUGGGGUAACGGCGAGGUCGCUGGCGCAGAGUGUCCAAACACUCUUUCCGCUGACCUCGAACAUAAGAAUACUUAAGAAGAAACUACGAAUUGCAUGUUGCAACAAACUGCAGGUUCAAAGAUUGAUCCAGGGAAUUACUGAAGUCAGUAAGGAAGCUUCUGCAGCAAAGAAGAUGACAUGUUUGAUAUCAAUUCUAUUUACGGUGUAUGAUGGCUUAGAUCAUAACUUGUAUCUUGAUAUUUUUUCCAAAUCAGUUUUGUUUCCAAAAACUCGAGCAGAGCAAUUUGUUAUCGACAACUGUAAUGAAGCACUUAGUCAAGUUGCUGAAUCAACGUUUUGCGAUUCGCUAUUACCAAAUAUCAAAAAGUCAUUGCUCAGGAGUCCGGAAGUCGCUGUUUUUGGUGGGUUAACGCAUCACCAAUUUUUUCGCUCCUUGUUCGCCCUUAUUUAUCUCUCAAUAUUCUCCUAUUUACAUUGCUCAGUUCUAAUUUGUUAAAU